AAGAAAGCUGGGGCACUUUUAAACCAUCUACUCAAUAAACUUGGUUAUCCAAGGCAUAAAUGGGAUGCUACCGGCUCUCUGUUAACACUUUUAGUCUACAUCUCAGCACUGUGAGAUUCCCAUACCACCUUCAGUUGAUGAACACGAGGCCCUCUUCAAACAUUUGCAACAUAUAAGAGCAAACCAAACCACCAAAGAAACUGACACAAACGAUUUAAAAGGACAACGUUUCAAGACAAAAUGCAGAGUCUCAUUUAUAGGCUGCUGUCAGCUGCAGUUGUUCUUGGUGCAGUUCAACUCACCAGUGGUUACAGCUACAAAAACUGCAUUGAAGAACAUUACUCGUAUGGAAAAGAUUUUAAAUGUAUCAAUCGGAAACACACGAAGAUGAACAAUAUUACAGAAGACCUGCCGGAAUCUGCCAUCAAUCUCACCAUCUCAAACAAUUAUCUGGGGGUCAUUCCCGACAACAGCUUUGAUAAUCUCCCAAACCUUCGGCAACUCCGACUAGAAAAUAAUCAAUUAAAGACCAUCAAUCAAUUUGCUUUCAACAAAUUGCACAAUCUCCAAUCUCUAAACUUGUCCCUUAACCUCAUAUCAGAGCUUAACCCUUCUGUGUUUAAGGACCUGCACAACCUCACCUUUCUCUCGCUGGCAAACAAUAAACUAAAGCAGCUCCCCGAAGGAAUUUUCUCCACUCUUCACAAUCUGAACACUUUAAUCCUGAGCCGAAACCUUCUGACAAACUUUUCAGAGAUUGCUGAGUCUGUGUCACAUUUAGGAAAGCUGACAAAAAUAGAUCUUUGUUUCAACAGUUUGACCUCUCUCAGCCACUCAAAUGUGUCACUACCGAAAUCCCUCACUACAUUAUAUUUAUAUAGAAAUAAUCUGUCUACAUUAGGAUGUAAUCAAUCGUUUCUCAAGUACAUCAAUGUGCUGGAUCUGUCUUACAAUCAGAGGCUCCCUACGAUAGCUUUCGAAGGAGUGGAUUUAAGUAGUGUAAACUAUCUGCGUUUGCGUUCAACAAGUGUCAAGGUCAUGGAGUUUUUAAACAUCAGCAAUAUCAAUGCAUGUCACGUUGAUUUCUCUGACACGGGCCUUGAAAACGACAAACAGGUCAGGGAGUUAUGCAUAUUGUUAAAGAAAAAAGUGAAACGGAUUAAAAAUGUAGGCCUGGGUAGUAACGAGAUUGUAUCUCUACUAUACGACACACUUAACCAGUGUCACGUCACACAGGCUUUGGAUCUAUCCCACAAUAACCUGAAAAACAUAAGUUGUCUUAACUUUCUCGAUAGACAGACAAGUCUUAAAAGCGUCAAUUUAGAACACAACCAUCUCACCCUCCUGAAAUCCUGUAAACCACAGCGGAUGGGUAAUUUAACAAAUCUUGAAGAUCUGAGCUAUCGUUACAACCGCAUCCUAUCGGUCGGCUCUCAUGCUUUCUAUCGAACACCAAAUAUCAAGACACUAAAGCUCAACAUAAACACAAUAGCUUUUCUCGAUCGUAAAGCUCUCAAAGGGUUAAAAAAGCUGGAGACACUCCGUUUGGAUAAUAAUCUCUUAACUGAUUUGUUCAACGACAGCUUUGAAGAUAUUUCCAACCUGCAAAUCCUUAACCUACGCAACAAUCAUAUCUCUGUCAUUUUUAAUGGGACCUUCCACAGUCUAAAGCAUCUGACCACACUGGACCUGGGAGGAAAUAAGAUCGCUCAUAUCGAGCCAUCUGGCCUUGAUGGACUAAAAAGUCUCUCCAAAUUCUAUCUCGAUGGAAACUACCUCAAAACGAUUGAAACUUCCCUAUAUCAUGUAUUUCAAGACACACUAACUGUGCUGGAUUUAAAAAAUAAUCAGAUUCACUUCCCCUUUGAAAUGACCAGUUCACCAUUUAUGAACCUCAGCAAACUGAACGAUCUGAAAUUGGACGGGCAGCGGCCGCAUGGCCUCACAGUUUUACCCGACCAUUUUUUCCGUGGGCUCCACUCACUGCAAUCUCUGUAUCUAACCAACAACAACAUCUACCGUCUUCCUCCUGAUGCCUUUGAUGAACUGACAAGCUUAAGUUUCCUCACAUUAGAUAACUGCUGUGUAGGGGUGGCACAACUACAGCCAGGAGUCUUUAAAAACCUGAGAAAUUUGACCAGAUUGAUUGUGGAAAAUAUGGGUAUUCAGAACUUCACAAAAGAGGUUUUUGGGAACCUGACACAGUUAAAAACACUGCAGCUCAACCGCAAUGUAAUGCAGAGUAUUCGUGUCGACGCACUAGAAAGUUUACCUCAACUUCACUACCUUGACCUACGGAGUGUUCCUCUAAGCUGCACCUGUGAAAACAGCUUGCUGCAAAACUGGACAGUAAACAACGUAAAUGCCCAGGUGGUCUAUCUCUUCGAUUUUAUGUGCCCAAACCAAGCAAAAAUCAGAUUCCACAACUUUGACACCAACGUUUGUUACAUAGAUUUGGGGGAGUACUUGUUCCUCAGCACAGCAGUUGUGAUCUUUCUGUUCACAGUAACUCCUUUACUUUAUGUCAAACUUUACUGGAAAAUGAAGUAUGGCUACUUUGUGUUCAUUUCUUGGUUUGGUGAGCAGUGGUGCAGACUCAGAGAUAAUGAGGAAAACUGCAAAUAUGAUGCAUUUAUUUCCUAUAACUCCUCUGAUGAACAAUGGGUCAUGGACCAAUUAAUCCCAAACCUGGAGGGAAAUAAAUCGUCUUUUAAACUUUGCCUACAUCACAGGGACUUUGAGCUGGGCCGCAAUAUUGUGGACAACAUAGUCUCUGCUGUAUAUAACAGCCGUAAAACUAUUUGUGUAGUGAGCAGGAAAUUCCUAACAAGUGAGUGGUGUUCUCUGGAAAUCCAACUAGCCAGCUACCGGCUCUUCGCUGAGCACCGGGACGUCCUCCUGCUUGUGUUUCUGGAGCAAAUCUCUGAGAAGCAGGUGUCGUCCUAUCACCGCAUGAGGAAAGUCAUGCUGAAAAAGACUUAUCUGCAGUGGCCUAGCUCGGACUGCCCGGACCAGAUGCAUGUCCAAGAGCUGUUCUGGAAUCAGCUACGAAGGGCAAUAAGAUCCGGGAGCAGACAAGAAGCAGAGGAAGUUAACACUGAUGAUCGUGAAGAACAGGAACCUGGAAAUACUGUGACUCACAUCAGAUGAAAAUAUUACCUCCUACCUUGAAAAGACUUGACGAUUUCAUUUGUGAUUGUUGAUACAGACCUUUCAGCAUGGUCAACUAUUAUCAAAUGUUCUGCUGUUUGAAGAGGGCCAUCAUGAUGAUACAUUGUACUGUAAGACUACAAACUUUUAAUCCAUAAAAUCAUGAAUCAGAA